AAGGGAAGAAGUUGGGGAGUUCAGCAGGAAUAUCCUGGGAGCUGCUGGGCUGCAGGAGGGACUGAGGGGGUUGUGGUGGGUUCCUUGCUUUCAAAAAGACUCCCAUUCCCACGGGAGGGAAAGGACCAGACUUCCCAUAAAUAAUGUGGGAUGCACUGCUCCACAAAAGUAAAUGGGGGGCUUUUGUCCCGGGUGGCAUCAGGAGCAGAAGAGCUGGCACCAGGAGUGGCUCUGGGCACCCCAGGGUGACACCCUGCCUUGGGAAUGGCUGAAGUUCAAGUUUGCUUUAUUUACACCACGCCAUGGCUCGGUCACAACCACCAGAACCUGUUUCUCUGAAUCGCUCACCUGCUCUUGGGUGCUAUUUUUAGCACCAGGGGCACCAACUCGACCCUUCCCGAGCUUGCUCUUUGUAUAAAUAAAUAAAUAUCCCAGACUUAUUAACUUGUAUUCACACCUCUUCCAAGUGAUGGUUGCUCACUGCUGAGAGAAAGCCUCUUGUGCUCUCCAGAGACCCAGCCCAGGGAAGGGAUGUGGCUGGAAAACCACUCCUGUUCCCGGGAGAGCCUCGUGUUGCUUCUUGUUCCUGCAGGAUGAGGCAGUAAUUGAAAAGAAACCAAUCAAGCAAAAUUUACUCCCUUGAAAAGGUGACUGUCAAGAUGACGACGGCCAUGCCACUGAGCAACAACACUCAGCUCUCAGGGAACGUGACCACCAAGUCUCAAGAACAAAGUCUCUACCAAAGUUCUGGAGCAAUAGUUGCUGCCAUCGUGGUGGGGGUGAUUGUGAUUUUCACAGCGGUUCUGCUCAUCUUGAAAACCUACAACAGGCGGGCGCGGGUCAGGCGGGAGCUGCAACCCAAACCCUCCAAGGCAGCGAUGCCACCUCCCCUGGGGCACAAAGGCCUGGCCCAGCCUCCCACAGUGACUUUCAUCCCCGUGGACAUCCACCUGCACGACAGGUAACCGGGAAAUGCUCGUCCUCCCCGCCGGACAGGAGGUGAUGCUGCUGCUCACACGGCCCUGGGACUCCUCAGCCGAGCGUUUGGAGCUGCUGGAGAUCCUGAUUAAUCCUGAUUGCUCCCCUUGGGAGGAAAAAUAAGAGGUCUGGAUGCUCUUUCUGUGGCUGAAAGCAGCUGGUGGAGGCACAUCAGAGCCCUGGGUGUGGGGAGAGAGGAUAAAGCAAGGAGAGAAGGUGCCAGCUCAGAUUCUGCGGAGCUUUCACUUGCUCGGAGUUUGAACUUUCUGUGACGACAAAUCUGGACGUGCCACAGCUCAGGUGGGACCUGGGCUCCUUGUGAACUGCAUGGAACAGGUUUGAGGUGUGUUUUAUAGCAUGGGAAGCAUCAGAAUUGUAUUUUAUCCUUACUCCCCUCCCGCGUUUCUAACGAGAUAAAACGAUACUUUUUAUUUUCAA